AUGGAAGGAGUCUGGCACCCAUCAUCGGGAUCUGCUGUCCAGGUGGCCGUUAAAGUGAUACAUCGCUCCAGCCUAAAUUUCUCCGACACUAACUCGGAUCAACUCAGCCUCAACUCGACCUCAUCACAUAGCCUAGAUGGUUUUCAUCGAAAUCAUGUCACCAGUGUUUCUACAAAGUCUCACUCUGUAUCAACACCCCUUGGUCGGUUUCUUAAAGAGAUUUCCAUUAGCCAGUCACUUUUGCACCCGGAUAUUGUUCGCUUCUACGGCGUCAGUUUGGAUCUCGAUUCUGUGAAGUUGGUGAGGCCCCUUCACUUAUCGUAUAUAUUUUUUAAAAGUAUAGUACUUUUUAAAGCAAUGCAACAAAAAUAUUCUGAAGAUAUGAGGAAAAACUGGGAUUUGGAAAAUUCUUUAGUGAUAUGA